AUGUCAGCCACGAUUGCGUUAUCAGACCGUGGCUUCUCACCAACCAGACACGCAAACGGUCACGCCCGCGAAGACCACUCCAUGAGCUUCCCUCUCGAACAAGACAAGACGUUGCAGAAUGGCAAUCACACUAGCAGAGGCGGCGGCAAACCGCAUAUGAUGGGCCUGCAGGACAGUAUGCCGAACGGCCACGCAGAGCCGGCUCGCCGUCCUUCGUCGCCUGGCUCGGAGCUCGAUACUGUCACAGCUGAACUAGGCGACACCAUAUCGCUGAAUCAGUUGCAGACGGAGAGCUGCGAUGCAGCAUGGGCCGAGCGCAUCGACACCCUUGGCACAGCCGACUUGUGCGCUGAGUUCAUCAACCACGAGUCCAGCGUACUACCCGCUAUCACAGCUGCCUUGCCCGUCAUUUCGGCGCUCGUGGACGCCCUUGUCAAGCGCUUACAGGCUGGUGGCCGCGUCUUCUAUGUGGGUGCCGGCAACAGCGGUCGUGUCGCCUCCAUGGACUGCUCCGAAAUGGGGCCAACGUUCUCCGUCGACCCAAGUCAGUUCAUUGCUCUCGUAGCCGGCGGCAGCCGUGCAGUGAUGCAAGCACGCGAGGAUGCCGAAGAUUCGGAGUCUAAUGGCGCUGCCGCGCUCGAGGCCAUGCAGCCGAAGGCACAGGACGCCAUCAUUGGCAUCUCUGCAUCGGGCCGUACGCCGUUUGUGCUCGGGGCAUUGCGGGCUGCACGCAACGCGGGCGCAUUGACGGCAGGCAUCACCAACUGCCAGCCAUCGGGUUUUGGGCGCUUGGGAGUCCAGUACUUGGUCAAGGCGUUGACGGGGCCGGAGUUUAUCGCCGGUAGCACUCGACUCAAGGCUGGCACGGCGGCAAAACAGAUACUCAACAUGGUUAGCACCAUUACCAUGGUGCAUCUCGGCAAGACAUACCGCGGGUUGAUGCUCGAUGUGCGCGUGCGCAACCACAAGUUACGGGUACGCGGCCGACGCAUACUCCGUCAAGUCUGCGGUGGAGGUCCAGCCUACCUACUUGGCAAGGUAGAAACAUACAGCACCGGCCGUUCGUCACUAUCCACACCGCAAGAUGUUAAAUCAAUACAAAUACCACAUCUAGUCGAUCUCUCGUCGCCUUCCGCAGAUGCAGCCAUUGACUCUCACAUCCAACUCUGCCAGGCCAACGUCAAACUGGCUUGUGCAGUUGCAGUGUCAGGGCUCGACUUAGCAGCUGCGCUCGAACGCCUCGAACGCAUCAAUGGCCGCUUCUAUGAAUUCCUGGCCCUAUCGCAGCCAUCACCCCUUCUCUUGCCCAGCCAAAAUGACGAGCUCGUGCUCGCCAUUGACGGUGGCGGUACAAACUGCAAGGUCGCCGUGGCCACACGGUCUGGCCAGAUCGCGCACGGCGAGGCCGGCGCGUGCAAUAUCACCUGCGCGACUCCCGACGAGCUGGUGACACAGAUUCGCACGGCAACCCUGAGUGCCCUGACGAAUCUGCGCAAUAACCAGACAGGGCCCAGCACCCAAAACAAACAGCAGUGUCUUGUUCCCGAAACAGAUGUCCCACGAUUCUCCAGGGUGUGGGCCGGAAUAUCCGGCCUUCACUACUCAUAUAACCCUGCUGCACUUGCGUACCGACUCGAAACCCUGCUGUCUGUCUCGGUUCGCGACGGCAGCCUGCGAAUGACGAGUGAUGCGCCUCUCCUCGGAGCCUGUGUCGGUGUCGACGACAGUGUACAGGGUGGCCUGUGUGUUAUUGCCGGAACGGGGUCGGUAGCCGUGGCCGUGCGCAAGAGGCCCGACGGUUCCGUCGAUCAGGUCAGUCGUGCUGGCGGCUGGGGCCAUCUGCUGGGCGAUGAUGGCAGCGCUUUUGACAUCGGCCGGCGGGCACUGCAGGCCGUGCUCGCAGACAUGGCGCUCCUGGCGGACGAGGCUGGCCUAUUUGGAGAGGAUCUUCCUGACCAAGGUCAUGCUUCCGACGAAGCAUCUGGCCUCGAGAAGGCUGUGCUGGCAGCACUUGGUACGAACGACCCUGCACAGCUCUUGCCGCUCAUCUUGUACAACGCAGAUCGCGAGCCCAAGCAUCAGAUUGCUGAGGUCGCGCGCGUCGUCACCGCACUAGCAUUUCCUGAUGACGAUGAUGCCGCACCCGACACCCAGGCACUUGGCAUCCUCCAGGACGCCGCUUCGAGCCUCGUUGUAAGCAUCAAACGCCUCGCCACGUCACGCCUGUGCACACCGAGCUCGGACAUGCUCAUCUUGUCGGGCGCGAUGCUCAACCUAGCGCCAUACCGUGCACUCUUCCUCGAUGCAUGGGAACGCCAGGGGUUACCAGCGUUCAGGAAGACGAUCGUUGUCAAAAGUGCCUCGGAAUGGGCUACGAGGUUCCUGCUCCGACAGACAGCGAGCUAG